AUGACGUUCGGAGCCUGCUGCUCUCCAAGUAUUGCGCAAUACGUUAAAAAUCGUAAUGCGAAGCUUUUCGAACGAGAUCACCCGGAAGCAUUUGACGCUAUAACUAGGCAACACUACGUCGAUGAUAUGCUCGUGAGCAUGGAAACGGUUGAUGAAGCAGUGGCGCUGGCGCAGCAGGUGAAGAACAUUCAUAUGCAAGCUGGUUUCGAGAUGCGAAACUGGAUCUCCAACUCUAGUAGUGUCCUGGUUCGGUUGAAAGAGGGUACGGCGGAAGAGAAAGACAUGAAUAUCGGCGAGGAAGCAACCACCGAAAAAAUACUUGGAAUGUGGUGGAACACAUCAACUGAUUGCUUCACGUACAAGUUGUCCUCUCGAUACGACGAAGCUCUCCUAACUGGCAGCCGACGACCAUCGAAGCGCGAAGUUCUCCGAAUACUGAUGAUGGUAUAUGACCCCAUAGGGUUCAUUGCGCAUUUGUUGAUGUUCCUGAAGAUACUUUUACAGGAAAUAUGGCGGACAGCUGUCGGUUGGGAUGACCCUAUAGAGGACGCGCAGUUCGCAAAGUGGAUGAUAUGGCUAGCAGUGUUUCCGGAGAUGACGAAGAUUAAAAUUCCACGAUGUUACCGGUCAGUGUUGUCUAAGAAAGCCGAGGUCGAGAUGCAUACAUUCGUCGAUGCAAGUGAGAGCGGAUUUGCGGCGGUUGUCUACUUCAGGUUUCGUGAGGGGGACGUGAUCGAAUGCUCCUUCGUAGCAGCGAAAACCAGAGUAGCACCCUUGAAGUUCCUGUCUAUUCCACGUUCGGAACUACAAGUAGCUGUACUGGGUGUGCGUCUAGCAGACACCAUAUUGACAUCUCUCUCAAUCAAUGUUCGUAAGCGCUAUUUCUGGUCCGAUUCCAAGGACGUGCUAUGCUGGCUAAAAUCCGAUCACAGACGAUACAGUCCAUUUGUAGCCUUUAGGGUCAGCGAAAUCUUGGAAUCGACAGAUAUCGAUGAAUGGCGAUGGAUUCCCACAAAAAUGAACGUAGCUGAUGAAGCAACAAAGUGGGCGCGGGUCCCCGACCUUUCUGAGAAUUGCCGUUGGUUCUGCGGUCCACAGUUUCUAAGACAAGACGAGAACACGUGGCCUGGGAAGCCUUCCCUGGAAAGAACGACAGCAGAAGAGCUUCGUCCACACUUGCUUGUCCACACAGCCACGGUGGAAUCACCAAUCUCCCCACAAAAUUUCUCUAAAUGGAGUUCCCUUCUGCGUUGUACAGCACUUGUCUUUCGUUUUGUCAACAAUCUGAAACGAGUCCGCAAAGAACGUCUAUCUGGACCUUUGACUCAACGGGAGCUAGCCGAAGCAGAAACUUAUCUCUUCCGUUUAGCGCAGUCUGAAGUAUAUGCUGCCGAGAUUGCUACAUUAGCCGUAAACAACGCACAGAAAAGAACACGAAUAAACAUUAUCCGCCACAAUCCGCUUUUCCGAGAUGCUUUCUUGGACGAGAGUGGAAUUGUUCGUGUCCGGGGGCGAACAAGUGCCUGUGAAUUCAUCGAUCGUGACGCAGCUGAACCCGUUAUUCUUCCUCGGAAUCAUCACGUUACACGUUUGAUCAUCAAUGACCUGCAUGAACGGUUCAACCACCAAAACCACUUAACAGUCGUAAACCAAUUACUGCAGCGCUUUCGCAUCCCUCGUCUAAAAGCAACUUACCAAGCCGUGCGCAAAGAUUGCCAAUAUUGUAAGAACUCUCAAGCACAACCGCAACCACCCAUGAUGGCCAAGCUCCCUCAGGCACGACUGACAGCGUUCAGUCUUCCGUUCACCCAUAUGGGGGUGGACUACUUUGGUCCGAUUCAGGUUUCAGUGGGCCGCCGUUCGGAAAAACGAUGGGGAGUUCUCGCUACGUGUAUGACCACUCGCGCCAUCUAUUUGCAAGUCGCUCACACGCUGACCACCGACUCCUGUGUUAUGGCGAUCAGAAACAUUAUGGCUAGAAGAGGCGUUCCGGCUGUCAUCUACAGCGAUCGGGGUACCAACUUCCAAGCGACCAGUAAGGAGCUGCGGACAGCAAUUAAACAGCUGGAUCACGAUAGGUUCGCGAAAGAGUUUAACUCACCUCACACUCAAUGGGUUUUCAACCCGCCUCUAUCACCACAUAUGGGAGGAGCGUGGGAGCGGUUGAUCCGUACAGUCAAGAAAAAUCUGACCAUAUUACAAUCGAGCAGGUUGCCAACAGACGAGGUCCUGCAGAAUGCACUGGCGGAGGUUGAAAAUAUAGUCAAUUCUCGACCCCUUACCGAAAUCCCGAUCGAAGAUGACUCCUCUCCCGUGUUGACUCCUAAUGAUUUUCUGCUCGGGUCAUCGAACGGCUUAAGAUCUUGGGCACCGCUCGACGAUAGCCCCGUGCUAUUGAAGAAUUCCUACACACAAUCACAACUCAUGGCGGACAGAUUCUGGCGGCAGUGGGUGCGAGAUUAUCUUCCUAGUAUCACUCGUCGUACAAAGUGGUUUACUCCAGCUAAACCGGUAACCGUUAAUGACAUCGUACUGAUCGUCGACCCGAAACUGCCAAAAAAUUGCUGGCCCAAGGGCAGGGUCAUCGCAGCGCAUCAAGGAAACGAUGGGCAGGUACGUCGCGUGACCGUACAAACUGCUUCCGGGGGCAUAUACGAGCGACCUGCGGUAUCCAUAGCUGUGCUCGACAUAGGCGUUGUUUAG